AUGGGGAGAUUAAAGCUGCAGACUGGGAUUAAGUCGAUUGAGGAAGAACCCGACGAGCGUGAUAUUUUUGAAUCUAAUAGAGCUACUUUAGCAUAUGCCAUUAAUUCAGAAGUAAGUGCUGUGUUGGCGGUGAUGAGGAGAAAUGUGAGAUGGGGGGGUCGUUAUGUGUCAGGUGAUGACCAACUAGAAGACUCUCUAAUUCAAUCUUUGAAGACAUUGAGGAAGCAAAUCUUCUCUUGGAAGCAUCCAUGGCAUACCAUCAACCCGGCUCUCUAUCUUCAGCCGUUCUUGGAUGUGAUUCGGUCAGAUGAAACGGGUGCACCGAUCACUGGGGUUGCUUUGUUGUCUGUUUACAAGAUAUUAACUCUUGAUGUGAUAGAUCACAAUACUGUAAAUGUUGAAGACGCUAUGCAGCUCGUAGUUGAUGCUGUGACUAGUUGCCGGUUUGAGGUGACAGACCCUGCCUCUGAAGAAAUGGUGUUGAUGAAGAUACUUCAGGUUCUUCUGGCUUGUAUGAAGAGCAAAGCAUCUGUCAUGUUGAGUAAUCAGCAUGUUUGUACCAUAGUGAACACUUGCUUUCGUAUCGUACAUCAAGCAGGCAGUAAAAGUGAGUUGUUGCAGAGGAUUUCACGCCACACUAUGCAUGAACUUGUCAAGUGCAUUUUUUCACACCUUCCAGAUGUUGAAAACGCAGAACAGGCAUUGUUUAAUGGAGUUACUACUGUCAAACAGGAGGUUGGUGGGCUGGAUAAUGAUUAUGCUUUUGGGAGUAAACAGAUGGAGAAUGGCAAUGGCAAUUCAGAAUUGGAUGGUCAAGCAUCCUCUGUGAGCUAUGGUUCUAAUGUUUCCACUGCUCUGGUGGCAAUGGAAGAAAAUGCAAUUGGGGCUGGUAGUGUAAAGGAUGCCCUUCCUUUUGAUUUGCAUCUUAUGACAGAGCCAUAUGGAGUGCCAUGCAUGGUGGAGAUAUUUCAUUUCUUGUGCUCCUUAUUAAAUAUUGUUGAGCAUGUCGGAACAGGUCCCAGAUCAAAUACUAUAGCAUUUGAUGAAGAUGUCCCACUUUUUGCUUUGGGCUUAAUUAAUUCAGCUAUAGAAUUGGGCGGCUCUUCUAUUCGUCGUCACACUAGGUUACUGAGUUUGAUUCAAGAUGAAUUAUUUCGUAAUCUGAUGCAAUUUGGUUUGUCGAUGAGCCCGCUUAUUCUCUCAAUGGUCUGUAGCAUAGUUCUCAACCUGUAUCACCAUCUGCGAACUGAACUAAAACUGCAGCUCGAGGCUUUCUUCUCCUGUGUGAUUUUGAGACUUGCACAGAGCAGAUAUGGUGCUUCAUACCAGCAGCAAGAGGUUGCCAUGGAGGCUCUUGUAGACUUCUGCAGGCAGAAAACCUUUAUGGUGGAGAUGUAUGCCAACUUGGAUUGUGACAUAACAUGCAGUAAUGUGUUUGAAGACCUUGCUAAUUUAUUGUCAAAGAGUGCUUUUCCAGUCAAUUGCCCUUUGUCUGCAACACACAUUCUUGCUCUGGAUGGCCUUAUUGCUGUUAUUCAGGGGAUGGCUGAAAGGAUAGGCAAUGGAUCAGUGAGUUCAGAACUGGCACCGGUGAAUCUUGAGGAGUAUACCCCCUUCUGGAUGGUGAAGUGUGAAAACUAUAGUGAUCCAAAUCAGUGGGUUCCAUUUGUCCGCCGGAGGAAGUACAUUAAGAGAAGGUUGAUGAUUGGAGCUGAUCACUUUAAUCGUGACCCAAAGAAAGGACUAGAGUUUCUCCAAGGAACACAUCUCCUACCUGACAAACUUGACCCUCAAAGUGUGGCUUGCUUUUUCAGGUACACUGCUGGGUUAGAUAAGAAUCUUGUUGGGGAUUUCUUGGGAAAUCAUGAUGAGUUUUGCGUUCAGGUUCUCCAUGAAUUUGCUUGGACUUUUGAUUUCCAAGACAUGAAUCUGGAUACUGCUUUGCGGUUGUUCUUGGAAACCUUUAGACUUCCUGGAGAAUCACAAAAAAUACAAAGGGUGCUUGAGGCAUUUUCUGAGAGAUAUUAUGAGCAAACACCACAGAUUCUAGCUAACAAGGAUGCAGCUCUUUUGCUGUCUUAUUCUCUUAUAAUGCUCAACACAGAUCAGCAUAAUGUACAGGUGAAGAAGAAAAUGACAGAAGAGGACUUCAUCCGGAAUAAUAGGCACAUCAAUGGAGGAAAUGACUUACCUCGAGAGUUCCUGACGGAAUUGUAUCAUUCAAUUCUCAAGAAUGAGAUCCGCACAACUCCAGAACAAGGAUUUGGUUUCCCUGAAAUGACCCCGAGCCGUUGGAUUGAUCUAAUGCACAAGUCCAAAAAGACUGCUCCAUUCAUCACAUCUGAUUCUAGAGCUUACCUUGACCAUGAUAUGUUUGCUAUAAUGUCAGGUCCAACAAUUGCUGCUAUCUCUGUGGUGUUUGAUCAUGCAGAACAUGAAGAUGUUUACCAGACAUGUAUUGAUGGAUUCUUGGCUGUUGCUAAAAUCUCAGCAUGCCAUCAUCUUGAAGAUGUAUUGGAUGAUCUUGUUGUGUCUCUUUGCAAGUUCACAACCCUCUUGAAUCCAUCAUCGGUCGAGGAACCUGUGCUAGCCUUUGGUGAUGAUGCAAAAGCAAGGAUGGCAACUGUGACAGUUUUUACCAUUGCAAAUAGGUAUGGAGAUUAUAUUCGUACUGGUUGGAGGAAUAUUCUGGAUUGCAUCCUGCGAUUGCACAAACUCGGUCUCCUUCCUGCUCGUGUGGCCAGUGAUGCUGCUGAUGAAUCAGAGCUUGCUGCUGACCCAGGCCAUGGUAAACCUAUUACAAAUUCCCUGUCUUCUGUUCACAUGCAAUCCAUGGGAACUCCUAGGAGAUCUUCUGGAUUAAUGGGCCGAUUCAGUCAGCUCUUAUCUCUCGAUACCGAGGAGCCGAGAUCGCAACCCACUGAACAACAACUUGCUGCUCAUCAACGCACCCUUCAAACAAUCCAGAAGUGCCAUGUUGACAGCAUAUUCACUGAGAGCAAGUUCUUGCAAGCUGAAUCGUUAUUGCAGCUAGCACGAGCACUCAUCUGGGCUGCAGGUCGCCCUCAGAAAGGCAACAGUUCACCAGAAGACGAAGAUACUGCUGUUUUCUGCCUUGAGUUGCUCAUUGCAAUUACACUGAACAACCGGGACAGGAUUGUGCUAUUGUGGCAGGGUGUUUAUGAGCACAUAGCUAAUAUUGUUCAGUCAACUGUAAUGCCUUGUGCGUUAGUAGAGAAGGCUGUUUUUGGACUUCUCCGGAUUUGCCAGCGGCUGCUCCCCUACAAAGAGAACCUGGCGGAUGAACUUUUGAGGUCACUGCAACUUGUAUUGAAGCUUGAUGCUCGUGUUGCUGAUGCAUACUGUGAACAAAUUACACAGGAAGUGACUCGUCUUGUGAAAGCAAAUGCUACACACAUCAGAUCUCUAAUGGGUUGGCGUACAAUUACAUCCUUGCUUUCCAUCACUGCUCGUCAUCCAGAAGCUUCUGAAGCAGGAUUUGAUGCCCUGUUGUUCAUUAUGUCUGAUGCAGCGCAUUUGUUGCCUGCAAAUUAUGUUCUCUGUGUUGAUGCAGCGAGGCAGUUUGCAGAGUCUCGUGUGGGACAGGCUGAGAGGUCUGUGCAAGCACUUGAACUUAUGGCAGGUUCUGUUGAUUGUUUGGCUAGGUGGUCCCGUGAUGCAAAGGAAGCAAUGGGGGAGGAGGAGUCUGCAAAAUUAUCACAGGAUAUUGGGGAAAUGUGGCUGAGGCUUGUGCAGGGUUUACGAAAAGUUUGUUUGGAUCAGAGAGAAGAGGUCAGAAACCAUGCUCUUUUAUCAUUGCAAAAGUGCUUGACCGGAGUGGAUGGGAUCAACCUUCCACAUGGUCUGUGGUUACAGUGUUUUGAUCUGGUGAUCUUCACUAUGCUAGAUGACUUGCUUGAAAUUGCUCAGGGACACCAAAAAGACUACCGAAACAUGGAAGGGACACUUAUCAUUGCUGUAAAACUCUUGUCAAAAGUGUUUUUACAGUUGCUUCAUGAACUAGCGCAGUUAACAACUUUCUGCAAAUUAUGGUUGGGAGUGCUUAGCAGAAUGGAAAAAUAUCUGAAGGUCAAAGUAAAAGGGAAGAAAAAUGAAAAUCUUCAGGAAACGGUGCCUGAGCUUCUUAAGAACACCUUGCUUGUAAUGAAGAGUAGGGGAGUGCUUGUGCAGAGGAGUGCAUUAGGUGGGGAUAGCUUGUGGGAACUUACAUGGCUGCAUGUGAAUAACAUUGCUCCAUCUUUACAAGCUGAGGUGUUCCCUGAUCAAGAUCGGGAGCAGUCACAUCAUAAGCUGGGUGAAACUGGUGGAAGUUUGGUGUCUGGUGAAACAGAUUCUGUUCCUUCAAAUGAAUCAGUGCAUACUGAAGUUGCUGGCUCAGGAGGUUAA